AAUCAGAGAAAGAAUUCAGAUCGCAGAAGAGAGAAGUUACAGUACACCUUGGUGUUGCCUAUCGGAAUAAUCCUCCUUGUGCAUCUCCAAGAUUUUAAAGAUCGAAGACAGAUUAAUCUGAAAAUAGAUUCUCGAUUUACUUGAAACUUCCUGGGAUCGCAGGAUUUUUCUAUUUAAUCUUUCAGUGAAUUAUUUUUCGUGAUAUUCAACAAUGAAGAGAAUUGCUUUAGUUCUUUUUGCUGUUUUAUUUUUUGUGGUUACCGGUAGACACCACAGAGAUAAUGACUACCUAAAGCACGUGCAAUUAGUAAAUGAAUUUCGUUGUUCAUUGCCACAACUACGAGCAGUUCCUGUUGCAGAACUUCUUACAAUUGGACCUGAUCCUGAUGAAAUUUUCUAUCCUUCAUCAACGGUAUUGGCACGUUGCGGUGGGUCCGGAUGUUGUCCCAAUUCCAAACAGAUCUGUGCACCAACUGAGACUAGAAACGUCAGUUUGGUGUUUAUGGUUAAACAUCUCAUAGAUCGACAACGUGAUAGGCACCAUGAAGUCAUUCACGCUGUUGAAGAUAUCGAAUGCGCUUGCAUUGAUGAAAUUAAAGUCAAUAUGACGUAAUUAUUUGUCUGAACGUAUAAAUGCAAUGGAAAUGACUGUAAUUGUACCUCAAUCAAUAAUGAAAAUUGCUUUAAAAACAUAUCAAUUCGUAUCUAUCACGUAAUCACUAUCGUAUAUAAUUGGUCGUUUAUUUACUGCAAACAUAUUAUUAUCGUGA